ACUUCUACCUCACUACCAUUCUCACUUCUUCACUCUCAUUUCUUCUUCACUCAUUUCUGUUCUUCUCUGAGAGUUGAGAGAAAAACGUGGAGAGGAAAGGAAACAUGCAGUUCUAUGUGUUGGUAAUAGCAGCAGUGUUGGUUUCUCAUCAGCUUUUCGUUUUACCUGGAGUCAUGUGUAGAACCUUUGAGUUUGGAGAUCAAAAGACUUACUAUCCUCCUGACCCUCAUCAUGGUUCACCCAGGAGCCCUUCUCAUGGAGGCGGUGGAAGACCAUCUCAUGGUACUCCAUCAACCCCCUCCCACAGUACCCCAUCAACCCCAUCUCACGGAGGCGGAGGAGGCUGCCCACCAACUACUAGCACACCUUCUACACCAAGUCACAGCUACUCUCCUCCAACCACUCCAACGCCAGUUAUUGUUACACCUCCAACACCAGUUUAUGUUACACCUCCAACACCAACUAUAGUUACACCUCCUGUGAUCGUCACUCCUUCAACACCUACUGAUCCUGACUUUUCUUCGCCACCUACCCCUCUUAUUCCCGAUGACCCUAAUUUACCGCCCUUUAUCGGCACUUGCGAUUUCUGGAGGACACACCCAACUAUGGUAUGGGGACUUUUCGGCUGGUCGGCGUCCGUAGGAAGCAUUCUCGGUGGUGGUAUAGGAGGUGUUGCUUCUAUCCCAUCCUCUUUGGAUACAACGAUUACCUUGCCACAGGCAUUGUCAAACACACACACAGAUGGGAUUGGAGCACUCUACAGAGAAGGAGUAGCUAGUUUAUUGAACUCAAUGGUGACUCACAGGUUCCCAUUAACAACUGAUCAAAUCAGACAAGGGUUUGCACAUGCUCUUUCCUCUGAAAGGGCUGCUCUCAAUCAAGCUCAACUCUUCAGGAGAGCUAAUGAAGGCCGAUACAAACAUAGGGCUUGAACCAUGUUGACCCGCCACUGCUCAGCUUCUCAGGAUUUCUAGUACUGGAUCACUUUUAUAUUGUUUCUUUUAUGGAUGAUGGAUUAUGCAUGAAUUUUAUUAGUAUUUAGUUAAAAAGAUCUGUUGUCUUUUCUUUACUAGGACGUAAUUUUUACAAUUUGGUGGUUAUUAUGUUUUCAAGGUUUUAUUACAUGCAAAACCAACUUAUUCCUUCAAUCUUCACUACUGAUUAUGGU